AUGCAGGUGAAGGCAGCUGGCACAAAGCGGAUGGCCUCUGCAAAUGGCUCCUGUGAAUCUCAUAGUCCAACACCGCGUUGCCCCUGCUCCGCACGGCUCUUGAGCCUUGUUGCCUGCUUUCUUUCCCCUUGCGUGGGCAAACUCCUUGCCACGCUCGAGCAUUCUUCCAGCCUCCUAAUAGCCCUUAGAGAGGCUGCCCCUCCCUUUAUAAGUCGCUCUGCUGGCAAUUCCAGCACAGGCUCACUCUGCAGCCUCCGGAGUUCGACUGCUACCGCCUCCAGGCCAGGAGGAGGGGCAUCCACAGAAACUGUGAUCGUGGAGCCCAACAGAAGGACAGCUGAUACUUUACCUUUCGGACAGAUGCAUUCAGACGCUAAGGGGGAAUAUGUGGCGCUCCAAACAAACAGGUUGCGGCUCUGUCUAGACACUCGGAGAGAGGCUCGGCUUAAGCAUCAGCUACAAAGAUUGGUGGGAGAACAGACGUCGUGGAGAAGGGGGCCCGGAGAACGCACAAGCACUAGCGCCUUAAACAGCGUUUUUUUUCUUGGUAGUGUCUCAGGAGCUUUGUUAGCUGAAGCAGCUAUGGCCGGAAGAUACAAGUCAGCGCAGCAGCAGCACCUGCUGCGGCAGUCCUUGGCGGUCUCUCAAAGGGCAGGUGCUGUGGCGGCUGAGCCUAGACCUCGAGGUAUUCUGGCGCUAAGUGCCCCGCCUUUAGCCAUGUCGAAUCCUCCUCCCGAGUUGAUCCGCAGAAAGUUGGAGCAGGUGAUGCACGGCAGGGAGAACUUUAGGAAAAGCGCUGCUGCCUCCUUCAGACAAUUCGACACAUCUGGAUCGGGCGUCUUGAGGUUCUCCGACGUGGCAGCCCUCGUGAGGAGGCUGUGCAGCAAUCUGCAGCUUCCGCCAGUGGACGAAUCUGCUUUGCGGACGAUAUUUGAUGCGUUUGAUUCGUCUGGUAGCGGUUGUUUGGAGCUUGAAGACUUCUGUAUGAUGUACUGGGAGAUACUGUGCCGCAUAAGGGAAAAGUACUACCCGGAAAAGCAGAUGCGGGUUCGUCGCUCUCUCUUUGUUGGCCGGCGGAACCUGGCUCUUGCAGGAAUUUCGAUAACGGAUCUUUUCACUUUCGCGAAGAAGCUGGGAUCCGGCUCUUUCGGGGACGUCCACCGCGUUAUCGAAAAGAGCAGUGGCUUAGAACGCGUCAUCAAGACGAUAAACAAAGACAGAAGUCAGGUGCCUCUCGAACAGAUCGAGGCGGAGAUUGAAGUUCUCAAGUCGUUAGACCAUCCGAACAUCAUCAAGAUUUUUGAAGUCUUUGAUGAUUACCAUAAUGUGUAUAUCGUCAUGGAGACGUGUGAGGGCGGCGAGCUGCUGCAACGUCUGAUAGAUGCUCAGAAUCGAGGAAGCGCCUUAACGGAGAAGUCUGUCAGCGAGAUCAUGAGACAGCUGAUGAAUGCAUUGGCGUACUUCCAUUCCAAGCAUGUGGCGCACAAAGACCUCAAACCGGAAAACGUCUUAUUCCAAGACAGUUCCCCGGACUCCCCCAUCAAAGUCAUCGAUUUCGGCUUGGCAGAAUUGUUCGAGAAGACCGAUGCACAUAGUAAAAACGCCGCAGGCACCGCGCUGUACAUGGCCCCAGAAGUUUUCAUGCGGUAUCUCUCUCUCAAAUGCGACAUCUGGUCGGCUGGAGUUAUGAUGUAUUUUCUGCUGACCGGUUGUCUGCCCUUCAUCGGAAACACAAUCGAGGAGGUGAAGGACAAAGUGUGCAACUCUGAGCCUGACUACGCUCGUGAAUGCGCCCAUCUGACCGGGGAGGCUGUCUCUCUGCUCAAGUGGAUGCUGAUAAAGCCCGAGGACGAACGACCCACUGCUACCGAGGUCCUUAAACAUCCCUGGUUCAAUCAAGCCAAUGUCAAGGUCAUUCAAAUCUCACCGCUUAUCUGCGAAAACAUGAAGAAAUACAUGCGUCAAUCGCAUCUGAAAAAUGCGCUGGUGAACAUGAUGGUCCAUCAGCUCAAUGUCACAGGGCCUCAAAUUCGACAGAUCAACGAUAUUUUUAGACAAUUAGAUAAAGAUGGAGACGGAACAAUUUCGCACACCGAGCUUACAGAGGGUCUGGAGCAGGUUGGAUUGCCUCAAUGGGAUAUCAAUAGAAUUAUUCAGUCGGUUGAUGUUGACGACUCUGGGAACGUGUCUUACACAGAGUUUCUAGCCGCCUGUUAUUCGUGGCAGGAGUCUGAGCUGAAUGUCAUAUGGACGGCCUUUCAAAAGAUGGACAAAGAUGGGGAUGGCAAAAUAUCUGUACCUGAAUUUGAAGCAGUUCUUGGGGGUGACGACUACCGCCUAGUACCGAAAGAUACAGUUAAAGCCCUCGUGGCGCAAAUUGACAGAAAUGGAGAUGGACAGGUUGACUGGGAUGAAUUUCUGCACUAUAUGAAGCUCAAUUAA